GACUAAGUGGGCAACACUGAGCGCCAGUCUUGAAUAAACGUUUUGCAGAGUGCACAUAUCUUUGAUUUAUCAGUGGCGACGAGGAUAAAAAAAAUUCACAUAAAUUUAAAAAUUAAUUAAACUGUGUUGAGAAAAUUAUAAUGAUUGGUCAAAUUAGUGCAUUUGACGUUAAAAAUGGCAAUUGGUCAGCAUAUAUUGAACGUGUGGAGAUGUACUUUUUGGCAAAUAAAAUUGAAGAUGGCGUCAAAUUACCCACGCUUAUAGCGGUAAUGGGGGAAGAUAGCUACGACUUGCUAUCUACGUUGGCCAGUCCGAAGAAACCUUCGAGUCUAACUUUCAAAGAAGUUGUGAAUUUAAUGGAAACGCAUUUGCAGCCGAAACCUUCAAUAUUAGCGGAGCGUUACAGAUUUCGUCAAAGAAGGCAGCAAGAAAACGAAUCGAUUGCCGACUACGUGGCAGACUUAAAAAAAUUAUCACGGUUUUGUGAUUUCUCAACAACACUAGAAGAUAAUAUUAGAGACCAAUUUGUGUGCGGGCUAAAAAGUGAAUCUACAAGACAGAGGCUGUUUGCCGAGGAGAAUCUUUGUUAUAAAAAAGCCGUGUCGCUCGCGAUAAACCUUGAGGCGGCGGAACGUGACGCGGGCGUUGUGGAUCGUUCACUCAUUGUGGAGCAAGUAAAUAAAAUGCAAAUACGUGAGUGUAAAGCAUGUGGGGACACAAAUCAUCGCUGGGAAGAUUGUGUCUACAAAAAUUUUGUGUGCAGCCUCUGCAAAACGACAGGCCAUCUCCGUCGUAUGUGUUCGGGACGAGAGAAGACUGGGGUACGCGGUGAGGGCGUGAUGAACAGCUACGGGUACAGUGGCAGAUCGCGCGGGUGGCGCGGGCGAUGGCGCGGGAAGCGUGGCGGUCGAUCACGUGGCGCCGGGCGCGGGGCCGGACAAGGAGCCCCCGCCGACACCUACUGGCUGCAGGGAGCCGCCGGAUGCGAGGCUGGACCGGUGGCCAAAGCGGCGCCGGCGAGCGAGGUGCGCCAGCAAGAGGAAGUAGACUACACGGAUGAGGAGCCGAUCUAUCAGAUGUCCUUAGCUAAGUACAAACCGGUGUGUAUUUCCUUGUUAGUGAACGAUACAUUGUUGAAUAUGGAAAUAGAUACUGGGUCCGCUUUAUCCUGUAUUAGUAAGAGUACAUUUUUAAAAUACUUUAACAAAUUAAAGUUAAGGUCAUGCAGGUUAAAAUUAAAGUUUUAUGACGGGGCUACCAUUGAACCAUUAGGAUAUUUAGAAAUCAGUGUAAAAUAUGGCAACAUAUGUAAAGUUUUGGACCUUUAUGUUAUCGACAAUGGCUGUACCCAUUUAUUAGGACGACAAUGGCUCUCAGAACUGAAUAUAGAUAUUCCUAAAUUUAAAAUCUGCAAUGUAAAUAAUGUGCAAGCAAGCCAAUCGAAUGAUCAAAUCAAUAAUAUACUUUCCAGAUAUAAGUCGGUGUUUGACGGGACCCUGGGCAGGUACACUGGUGGUACGGUGGCGUUGAAGGUGCGUGAGGACGCAGAGCCUAUAUUUUGCAGAGCGAGGCCAUUGCCUUUCUCUAUGCGAGCGCGUGUGGAUGCAGAACUAGAUGCCAUGCUUCAGGCCGGCGUUGUGGAACCGGUGGACCACUCCGACUGGGCUACUCCGCUGGUCAUUGCUUCCAAAGCAGACGGGGGAAUUCGUAUUUGUGCCGACUACAAGGUGACACUCAAUCGAGCCUUAAUGAUUGAUAGGUAUCCGGUUCCGAGGAUUGAUGAAUUGUUUAGCGACCUCAGUGGAAAUAAAUACUUCACAAAAAUUGAUUUAUCACAGGCUUAUAAUCAACUUGAACUAGAUUCAGAAUCAAAAGCGUACACUGUAAUCAAUACACAUAAGGGGCUUUUUAAAUAUAAUCGCUUAGUAUAUGGCUUAGCUUCAAGUCCAGGAAUAUUUCAAAAAUUUAUGGCAAAUUUGUUCAAAGAUAUUCCAGAUGUGAUUACGUUCUACGACGAUAUAUUGCUAAAAAGUAGGGAUUUUAAAAGUCAUUUGGAAACAAUAGAGAAAGUCUUUAGUAUUUUGCAAAACAACGGGUUAAAAAUUAAGAAAAACAAAUGUAAUUUUUUGGCUUCCGAAGUUAAGUACUUAGGAUACAUUAUAGAUAAAGAUGGUAUAAGAGUGGACCCAGACAAAGUAAAAGCAAUUGUAGGUAUGGUUUAUCCAAAGAACGUCUCUGAGUUAAAAUCGUUUUUAGGAAUGGUUAAUUUCUAUGGAAAAUUCAUAAAAAAUUUGAGCACUCAUCUGGCUCCUUUAUAUGAGCUAUUAAAGGCAGGUAAACAGUUUAUUUGGUCUAAGGAGAGUAGUUUAGCAUUUAACAAAGUAAAGAAAUUGUUAUGUAGUGCAGAAGUUCUAGUGCAUUUUGAUAUAUCUGCAGAGUCCAUAGUGACCUGUGACGCAAGUUCGUAUGGCGUGGGCUGUGUGUUAGCGUCGCGCGCACCUAACGGUUCGGAGCGGGUCGUGGCCUAUGCCUCGCGCUCACUCACUCCUGCGGAGAGACACUACAGCCAAAUACAUAAGGAAGCCCUCGCUAUUAUAUUUGCUGUUGAUAAAUUCCAUCAAUACUUGUAUGGUCGGAAGUUUACAUUAAAAACAGAUCAUAAACCACUAGUAAGCAUUUUCGGUCCGAAUUCAGCAGUACCUUGUACAGCAGCGAGUAGGUUGCAAAGAUGGGCUAUCAAGUUAUCAGCAUAUGAUUUUAAUAUUGAGUAUAUUAAAACCGACAAAAACACAGCAGAUGCACUAUCGCGAUUAAUUACAGCACAUAAAGAGAUAGGUGAAGAUACUUUGCCAGAGCAAACAUAUCUGCAUUUUGCGACAGAAGCUCUUCUUCUGGACUACUCAGUUUUAAAAAAAGAAACCUUGUCUGACCCGAUAUUAUCAAGAGUGUUAACUUAUAUUAGAGAUGGUUGGCCGGUAGGAAAUGAAAUCAAAGAAUUAAAACCAUAUUUUAAUAGAAAAAAUGAACUUUACACCGAACUAGGUUGUAUUUUAUGGGGCCAUAGGUUAGUCAUUCCAGCUUCAUGUAGGAAUAAAGUAUUAGUAGAAUUGCAUGAUACCCAUAUGGGUAUUGUUAAAACUAAGUCGUUAGCAAGAAGCUAUGUCUGGUGGCCUGGGGUAGAUGAAAGUAUUCAAGUAAUAUGUCAGUCUUGUGAAGUGUGCGGUGCGGUCGCAAAUGCUCCACCUUCACACACGCCACAGGCCUGGCCAUGGCCAAGUAGACCUUGGUCCAGAAUUCACAUAGAUUUUUUGGGACCUAUUUCCGGUGUAACUUACUUUAUAAUAGUAGAUUCUUGCUCUAAAUGGAUUGAAGCAAUCAGAAUGAAAAGCACAAAGGCAGAUUCUGUAAUUGCUGUUCUUAGAGAUAAUUUUGCUCGCUUUGGUUUAGUAAAACAAGUGGUUAGUGACAACGGUCCACCUUUCACUAGUAAGGAAUUUGAGUUGUUCAUGAAAAGAAAUAAAAUUGAGCAUAUUUUCUCAGCCCCGUAUCAUCCGGCUUCAAAUGGAGCAGCGGAAAACGCAGUUAAGAUAUGUAAGAGAGUCAUAAAAAAAGCGGUUAAUCAAAAACUAGACCCGGACAUAGCACUUUCUCGAUUUUUAUUAGCUUAUAGAAAUACGGAGCAUUACACUACAGGAGAGAGUCCUGCUAAAAUUCUGUUGGGCAGGGAUUUACGUAUGCGUUUAGAUGCCUUAAAGCCUUCACGCGAGACGAGAGUUCAAUCGCACCAAGCUCGCAGUGAGGAGUUUGCGGGGGGAGCGCGGCGUCAACUUACACCCGGUGACCCGGUGUGGUACCGCGACUACCGCUCUCGGGACAAGUGGCUAGCAGGCCAGCUGACGGAUAGGUUAGGAACCACUGACUACAAAGUUAAAUCUGUUCUCGGAACCGAAGUACAAAGACAUAUCGAUCAAUUAAGGUUUAGAAAGGUCAAAGUAGUUGAUAGUAAUACAGGGGACAUAAAUCGUCAACCUUCACAUGUUAAUCCAAAACCUAAGUCCCGAAGUUCAUUAGCUUUUCCAACCUCAGAGAGCCCAGAACGAGACCCCGAUUCUAUGACAGCGUCGUCUGCCACAGCUGAUAUGUUGACGUCACCUAGAACGGUUCGUAAUCAAAGAGCAUCCCACAAUGAAAUGAGCAGCCCAGAUGGCAAUACGUCACGUCAGGAAGCUAUCACCGCCGUCACCGUGCCAGCAGUGUCCACGCCCGGGGGACCGAUUCAAGAUAAUGUAGUCUACAGGGAGUUAACGUCUGAUCAGCAAACAGACAGAAUUAGUAGGAUUCGUAGACCCCCUCGUAGAUACGGCUUCGAAGAUGUUUUUUUUUUCAGGUAGCAUAUAAGCAUCUUAGAUUAUUUUUUUUUAAAAUUAAACUUAUUUUUUUUUUAUCUUUUCACAUGUAUGUCAAUGUAAAUUGUUAUAUUCUUGUAACAAGUAGAGAUUUAGACCAUUAAAUAUAAAUGUUGUAUGUUGUAGUAGUAGGUAAAUCUUUAAAAUAGAUUGCAGCUGUUUAUUUUUAAGUUUUUUUUUUUUUUUUUUUGUCACCUUUAAUAAAAGUGUUAAUUUCGGUAAAUAGGGAGAGAGGUAGGUAGGUAUUGAGGUAGCUUACAUAGAAAUAUACUUAUUGUUUUUUUUUGUUAUUUACUGUUUUCCUUAUUAUGUAUUUCCAUCAUUGAGUUAUUAAAUUACUAUUGUUAUUAAGACAGCAACCUAUCUACUUGUGAAUUUACCUAGGUAUUUGAUAUAUCUUAAAAAUCUUUAGAACACAGAGUUUAUUAACUAAUUAAUUAGCUAUGUAAGAGAGCUUAGCAUUUAAGGGGGAAGGUGUUAGAUAUUUGGCAGACUAAGUGGGCAACACUGAGCGCCAGUCUUGAAUAAACGUUUUGCAGAGUG